AUGUCGGGGGUUUGGUUGUUUAAAAACGGAGUGAUUCAUUUAGUUGAGAACGAGUCAAAUCAGGGGUAUAUGCAGAAGAGAAAAGUGUUGGUUCAUAUUUCGACGGAUGAAGUGAUCACUUCGUACUCGGUUCUUGAGAAGAAGUUGGCAUCUCUCGGGUGGGAACGUUAUUUCGAUGAUCCAGACUUACUUCAAUUUCAUAAGAGCUCCACCGUUCACCUCAUCUCUCUUCCCAAAGACUUCUGCCGAUUCAAAUCCAUGCACAUGUUUGACAUCGUUGUCAAGAACAAGAAUGUUUUUGAAGUAAGAGAUAUCAUUGUCAUGUAAUU